AUGCAAAACAUUUAUCAAAAUCCGAACGCUUUUGCUCAGCCAAAUCCGUUAGAUAAAAGAGUGAAAAUCAGCGUUAGAGGCUGGCAAAAUGCCACCAGACAAGACCUUGUGAGCUUUGUGAGCCGUAAAACGAGAAUUGGCAUCGUGGACUCGACAGUAGAAGGUAAUCUGGUUGUCGGAUUUGUGAAUAGUCAAACGGAUGCCCAGUCAUUACUGAACUGGAACGGGGUUCGGUUUGCAGGUAAUGCUUUGAAAUUCGAGAUUUUGGGUAGUGGCACAGGGGAUGCUGGCACGUCGAAAACCAUUGUGCUAUUGAAAUCGUUCUUGUACAAGCGUUACAGUCCUCAGACGAAAAUGCUAGAUUUAGGGAAUCUCCGUAAUGACCCCGAUCUGGCUACCAACGGACUGUUUUCGUCACAGACCACUCAGUCCAAGAUUUUCCCGGCUAUGAUGAAACUGGCAUCGAAAGAAUCGCAACUCGUGGUAGAAUCAAUCAAUCUCUCUGACAACGAUCUGAGAGAUUUGAACAUGAUCUCGUGCCUGGCGCAAACGUAUCCAAAUCUCAAAAACUUGUGUCUGGCCAACAACCAGAUUUCCCGUUUCCGUGCUUUGGAAGUUUGGAAAAACAAGUUCAAACAACUGCGGGAGCUUUUAAUGAUGAAUAAUCCGAUCACCACCGAACCUUUGUAUCAAUCGGAAAUACUAAGACUCUUCCCAAGACUUGUGAUCCUUGACAAUGUGGUUGUGAGGAAUGAAGCUAAAAUGCAACAAGUGUUCUCCAUACCCAUGAAGUUACAGCAAUUUUUUUUCGAGAACAACGAACUAGGAGCUUCUUCUCUCGAGUUUGUGAGUAAUUUCCUCACAUUAUGGGACACUAACAGAAAUCAGCUUAUGGCUUUGUACACACCACAGUCCCAAUUCUCUGUGGCUGUCGACUCCUCGGUUCCCGCCUCUAGUGUGCCCAAUGCAGACCAAAAUCCAACAUUUGGUUAUUACCUCCCACUUUCACGCAAUUUGACAAAGGUAUCCAGCGAAAGAACCAAACAGCAAAGACUCGCCAUGGGACCGGAAGCUAUCGACAAGCUUUUUAAUUCCAUGCCCAAAACGAAACAUUUUCUUCAGGAGCAGGCAUCCAGCUAUUCGGUAGAAGCUUUUUCAUAUGCACAAGUUCAAGGUUUCACAAUUACAUUGCACGGAUACUUUGACGAAGUAGCUCACCCUGACCUGGACGCCAAUAAAUCCACGCCCAACUCGGCUGGUGGUCGUAAUCGGCGUUUCAAUCAUGGUCAUGCCAACACAACCAACAAACUGGCCAGAAAAUCAUUUGAUAGAACGUGGGUCAUUGUGCCUUCGCAAGGCACCGUCAUUAUUGCAUCCGACCUUUUGAAUAUAAGAGCGUAUGUGGAUGGUUCCUGGGUAGCUCAACAGCAAGCCCAGGAGCCCUUGGUUCAAGGACAAUCACCAGCUCCCCAGCUAGCCUCCCAGCCCGUACAGCCCAUGCCUCAGAAUCCUUUACAACCAGCUGUUUCCGGCGUACCGGCGACCGCAAUGCCAACAGCUCCUCUAACGUUACCAGCUGAUGUUCAGGCAAAACUAAAUCCUAUUCAACUAGAUCUCCUCAACAGACUACAUCAACAGACAAAGCUCAAUGCAGAAUUCACCUACAUGCUAGCGGACCAAAGUGGCUGGAACUUUGACGUGGCCAUGAAGGGAUUUCAGGAAAGUGUAAACAACAUACCUCGAGAGGCUUUCAUUUGA